CCACGUUAUCGCGAGCUUAAAGUAGUUUGAUGCAUUGUUUGAUGAUGGUUUGAUGUGACUUAUUGGACUAACUGCAUCGAUCGCAAGGCAUUUAAAUGCUAAUGAUUGAAAAAUGCGAUGUGCAAACGUGAGCGGCGUUAGUUUCAUUCAGAGGUGCAAAGAACUGAAGUGCCGGGUGUGCCGUGUCGCCGCUUAUCAAAAUAGUAGCAAAUCCGGCAAAUCCAAAUCUACACCUAUCUGAGGCAAUGGCCUUUUGGCAUCAGCAUCGGCCGCCACCUCCACUGCUUCAAAGCAGUCAGGGUUUUGGAGGUGCUGGACGGCCAACUCUGCCUAACCAAGGGUUCCAAACAUGGCCCACAGUGCCUCAGGGCCAACCAUUGUCGUCUCCCUACAACAUGCCUCCACCGUGUGUACCACCGCCUGCACCGCAGCAAUUCUACCCACCCCCCAGUGUGCCUCAGCCGCAAACCCCAUUGCAGCCACCCCCAUUGAGGCUACCCCCGUUGCAGCAACCAGCAUUGCAGCCUCCUCCCCCACUGCAGCCUCCUCCUCAGUUUCCUGAAAACAGUGGCGUUAGACCGCCACAAUGGAUGAACAGUGUGCCAUCACCACAACUCACAAAAGUGCACACAAGUGAGAUACCACUGGAGGAAGCGUCUAAGGAUGACAUACAGAUUAAAAGACUACCACAGUGGCUGCAGAACAAAAUCAAGCUGUAUGAAUCGAGCCAAGAGACAAGCUCCAUCAAGAAGGAAAAUGUGCCAAUUGCUAAAGAGGGCACAUCCCCCUUGAUCGUGCUUAGAGAGGCACUGGAAGCCCUGGAAACGCUGAAGAAGCUGGAAACAUUGGCUGAUAGCCUUGUUCUGCGUGGAAACGAUGAGCAGUGGUCUGCACUCAUGCAGCAUGUUGAACUGCACCAGGCAAAGCUCCAGUCACGAUGUCAACAGCUCUCCAAGGAGGAUGUUCUAUCUCGGCUACUUACUUCAGUUGAGCGACGACGAAAGAAAAGGGAAAGGCUGAAGAGACAGCGUGUACGUCGAGAACAAGAAGCUCAAGAGCAUGCCAAACAUGUGGCCAUGAUCGAAGCCAAGAUUAAUGCACGCCGUCAACAGAUAUUGGAGCGAGCAAAUCAAGAAAGACAGGAAGAAGAAAUGAAAGAGGAAGUGGACUCUAUCCUGGGAGAAAUACGGUUUAAAAUCAGCCGCACGAGAGAAUAUCUUGAGAAGUUGGAAGCCAUGAAACAGCUUCGGGCUGCUCGCAAAGAAUCUUAUCAGCAGAAAGGUCUUUAUGUUGCUCCAGAAGCAGAUAGCAACUUUGAAGAAGGCGUCUCAUCUGUACAGCACCUCCUUGAAGAUCAGCUUUCAGAUUAUUUGAAGGAGGAGACUGCACUCAAAGUCAUGCUCGAAACGGAACAGAAGGAACAAUACGAGAGCAACAAACUUGCAAACAAACAGGCAGCUGUCCUCAAAAGCUUGUUCGGAAGCACAGAAGUGAACCCGGAGGUGCUGCCAUUCAAUAAACUUUACACAUCUUCAAGUGAAAGCAUCGAUUCUUUGGCAUGGAAACUCUUGGGACAGAUUCCUCGUGCCCCCAGACCAUCCGGCGGGCUCCUCCGUGCCCGUCCAGUGGGUUGUGCCUCAGGAGCCCUCGUCCCACUCGUGGGCUAUGUACUGUGCAUCCUAGCCACGCCACCUAACUUCAUAAAAAUUUGUGAAUAAAUGAAAUUCUGAUAA